CCCACAAACACCUCCUCUCUCAGAUGCUAGUCACUGUAUCUUUUUAAGAAACUUCCCCUUUACUCUUUGUAAAUAAUUUUUUAUGUAUUUUAUCUUCUUGCCUAGACUCCUUAGAAGCAGGGCUAUGUUUGACUUAGCUUUCUAUCUCCAUAGUGACUAGUGUUUCUUAACCGUUUGUGGGAAGUCAAUACAGUAAGUACUUGCUUGAUGAAAAAAAUUAAUGAAUUAGAAAAGAAGAAACCUUUAAGCCUUCAUAGCACUGAACUUUUUCUUCUUUUAAAGAUGAAUGGGGCUUUCUUGGGUCCUCUCUUCCAAGAUGACCAAGAAAAGAAGGAACAAUGGUCGUGCAAAAAAGGGCGACAUCCAUGUGCAGCCUAUUCACUGCACCCACUGUGACCGAUGUGUGCCCAAGGACAAGGCCAUUAAAAAGUUCCGCAUUCGAAAUGUAGCAGCCACAGCCACAGCCAUUAGGAACAUUUCCGAAGCAAGUGUCCUCAAUGUCUAUGCCCUCCCCAAGCUCUAUGUGAAACUACAUUACUGUGUGAGCUGUGCCAUUCACAGCAAGGUGGUCAGGAAUCCUCCUCCUGAAGCUCAAAAGGACCCAACACCCCCACCUGAUUUGGACCUGCAGACGCUACCCCAUGACCGCCAUCAAAGCUCAUGUAAGGAGCUAAAUCCUAAGGACUAAAGAAAAGUUCUCUGGAAAAAAAUAAAAUGGAAAUUAUGUUUAAAAAAAAAAAAAGAUGAAUGGGUAUGUUAUAAAUUUAGUAUAUAUG